UGAUUGAAAAUCCGCAUUGACAUUUUUUUUGUUAUAAAAAAGGAAUUAAAUGAAAUUUAUAUUAUAAUCAAUUUCUACAUGAUAUUUCUAACCAAAAAAUACAGUUCCAACGAAGUGGUCGAAAUAAAUAAAUGCAACGGUAAUUAGAUUUUUAGAAAAGCGAUUUUUUAUCGAAGCAAUGGAUUAUAACUACGAACAGAGUAGUGAAGUAGAAGCCUUGGAUUCCAUAUAUUAUGGGGACAUGCAGAUUUUAGAAAUAGAGCCAAUUCACAAAUUUAGUAUACCUAUCAAGUCUGAAACCUUUGAUGAAGGAGAAGGCCUGUCUUGUCAGCUUGUGUUUACAUAUACACCGAAGUAUCCCGAUGAGCUACCUAUUAUAGAAAUAGACAAUGACGAAAAUUUAGAUAGUGUGGUUGAUAAAAACGAGCUUCUAGCGCAUUUAACUGAACAGGGCAAAGAGAAUCUAGGUAUGGUGAUGGUAUUCACACUGGUAUCAGCUGGUCAAGAGUGGCUCAAUGUUAAAUGGGAUAGCAUUAAAAAGGAUAGAGAAGAAAAGGUGCUUGCAAAAUUAAAGGCUGAUGAAGAAGCAGAACUGAAAAGGUUUGAAGGCACUAGAGUCACAGUAGAAUCCUUCUUAGCGUGGCGAAAGCAAUUUGAGAUUGACAUGGGUAUUCCAGCUAAAAGGGAGAAGGAAGCUAAAGAUAAGAAUAAAUUAACAGGCAAAGAAUUAUUCUUGAGAGACACAACACUCAAUGAAUCAGAUUUGCAAUUCCUUGAUGAUGGUGAUGCAGUUAAGGUUGACGAAUCUCUAUUCCAAGACCUGGAUGACUUAGAAAUAUCUGAUGAAGAUGAUGAAGAUUAUGUGCCAGGCCAAAGUGGCAGUGAUAGUGAUUAGCAAACGGCAUUACGCUCCCAUUGAGAGUGAAGUGAUAUCAUGUAAGGACAUUGGUGGCUUAAUAGUGGACUAUUUAAGUAUUAUAAGUUAUUGUUUUCAAUAAAAGACAUGUUUGUCUGGAGAAUAUUAUUUUUAUUUACACUUUGUCAUUACAGUAGGUAUAUACAUUUGACAAGUGAUAAAUACUAUAAAUGAAAAAGCAAUAGUAAUUAUUAUAAUAGUUAUUGGUACAGAUAUUGUUGGAAAGAUAUACUAUUUGGAUAAUUAAUAUAAAUAAGAAAUUUGUAAUUAUUAAGACUUCAAACAUCUUACUUGUUUUACAAAUAUGUAUAACUUAUUAUAAUACUUGUAAAAAAAGUAUAACUACAAUAAAAUUGAAUCAAUCGAUAAUAAAACGAAUUUCAAUAAAAUUUUAUAAUGAUUACAUGAAUAUUUUACUCAAAGUUAGUGAUAAUGUUUAUGAUUUAAGAACAACUUUCUCUAUGCCAACAUUACAGUUUAAAGUUUCAACACUUUCAACCAAUGAUUGUGAUUAGGGUCUAGAUUAUGUAAGGAUCUUAUAGACAAUACUCAAUUGCGAGAAACAUUUGCAAUUUAACUCGCAUCUGUAACUCAACCAUAUGAGUUGCAGAUACCUUUUUGAAUCUGUAGGAAUGCACAUAUCCAUCAAUUUUUAUCUGUUACAAUUGAGAAUUGUAAGCAACUUCAUUACAUAAUUAGGGCCUAGGUGCAAACACGUACAUACAAUAGAUUAUGUAAACGAGAUUUUGUGAUGUUAAAAAAAUAUUUUCAAAAAGCACAACCUUGGUACUGGUCAGUUGAAUAUUAUAAUUGAGUUUUUGUCUUGUUACAGAAACAUUACAAUUAAUUCUAUAUAAAUAAUGAUACAUCCAACCAAAGUAUGUUUUAUAACUGGUUUGAAAAAGAUGCAUAUAAUUAUUUAUGUCUCUUGUUUAAUCGGUUGCAUUAUCUUUUGAACUUCGUUUGUUACAUUUUAUAGAUGUUUUUAGUUUGAAAUUAAUAUGGUUAUGUAAAAGUAAAUGUUUCCAUCAAUUUCUGCAUCAACGGCAUCUACAACAUUCAAUCAACAAAACAGGAAACUAUGACACUGAGCAAACAAAACAAACUCACCUUACAAUUUUUACCACGUCACUUAAGAUAACUCAAACAUUAUAACCAAUAUAUUAUCACAAAAUAUAUUUACAAUGUGCAGUCUUAAAUCAAUGAUUGAUAAAUAAUAAUCUAGUAAUAUAUUUAAUAAUAAUAAUUAACCACAGAUAUGUAUGUUUCAAUAAAACAAAAUUAUUAAUGUGCAAUGGCAAACAAAUGUAAAUCAGCCUUUUUAUUGAUUGAUGCAGGCCUUGCCUGACAAAGAAUAGUUUUUAAGUGUCUACAUAUGACUCUAAAAUCGGAAUCGAUAUCAGAAAUUGGUGAGAAGCGUUCUACAUCGUCAGGUAUAAUAAUGAUUACGCCUAGCCUAUACAUGAGAUCAAGUAAGCGAUCUAGGACACUCCCUACAUUCAUAAGACAUUGCCAGCAAUUUUAGAGUC